AGCGAUGAGAGGACAAUGGAGCUCACAUUUCACAGCGGUUUUCAUCUCUUUGAUCGUACUGUGGCAGACGCGGUCCGGAGUAGAAUCCAACGCAGCAAAUGCCUUCAAAAACAUCACAACCUUCACCAAGAUCCUGGACAGUCUCCUGGAUGGCUAUGACAACAGGCUGAGACCCGGCCUGGGAGACCGGGUGACGGAGGUCAAGACUGACAUCUAUGUCACAAGCUUUGGUCCAGUGUCCGACACAGAUAUGGAAUACACUGUGGAUGUUUUCUUCCGUCAGAGCUGGAAGGAUGAAAGGCUGAAGUUCCAUGGACCAAUGAACAUCCUGCCUCUUAACAACCUGAUGGCCAGUAAGAUCUGGACCCCUGACACCUUCUUCCACAACGGCAAGAAGUCUGUGGCCCACAAUAUGACCAUGCCCAACAAGCUGCUGAGGAUCAUGGAGGAUGGAACCUUGCUCUAUACCAUGAGGUUAACAGUUCAAGCUGAGUGUCCCAUGCACCUUGAAGACUUUCCCAUGGACUCUCACUCAUGUCCUCUCAAGUUUGGCAGCUAUGCCUACACCAAGACAGAGGUCACCUACAUUUGGACUCGUAACGCCUCCCAGUCAGUGGACGUAGCCGCUGAUGGAUCCAGACUCAAUCAGUACGACUUGGUGGGCCAAACUGUGGGGAAGGAGACGAUUAAGUCCAGCACUGGUGAAUACACAGUCAUGACAGCCCACUUCCAUCUGAAGAGGAAGAUUGGCUACUUUGUGAUCCAGACCUAUCUACCGUGUAUCAUGACUGUUAUCCUCUCCCAAGUCUCCUUCUGGCUCAACAGGGAGUCUGUGCCGGCGAGAACUGUCUUUGGUGUAACUACAGUACUCACCAUGACAACCCUGAGUAUCAGCGCCCGCAAUUCGCUGCCCAAGGUGGCCUACGCCACAGCCAUGGAUUGGUUUAUUGCCGUCUGCUAUGCCUUUGUGUUUUCUGCGCUCAUUGAAUUUGCUACUGUCAACUACUUCACCAAGCGUGGCUGGGCCUGGGAUGGAAAGAGUGUGGUCAAUGACAAGAAAAAAGAAGUGUCCCUCAUGAAGAGGAACAAUGCCUAUGCUGUGGCUGUGGCCAACUAUGCGCCCAAUAUCACAAAAGACUCAACGCUGCCCACCAUCUCCAAGUCCGCCACCACUGAUCCUAACAAGAACACAGCAGAUGCAAAGCCUGAACAGAAUAAGAAAACCUUCAACAGUGUCAGCAAGAUCGACCGCAUGUCUCGCAUCAUGUUCCCUGUGCUGUUUGGCAGUUUCAACCUCGUCUACUGGGCCACCUAUCUGAAUAGAGAGCCAGUAAUUAAAGAUCUGGAUCCUUCUAAAUGAACAUAUAGAGAAUCGCUCUAGACACACCAUUCAGGGCUCUUAUUUAUCAGGAUAUUUUUGAGAGUCAAAGUGUGCAUAUGGAGCCCAUGACUGAACUUUGUGAAAGUACAUUCUUUCACAGUGGAUAAAUUACAAGGAGGAAAUUGAGGACAGGGAU